AUGAAAAGAAAAAAACAAGGUUAGAAACAAAAUACACUUACUCUGUUUCCCUGUCUGUCUCUCAUCCAUUGCUCAGUGGUUUGGUCUUGUCCUAUUCUGAUAAUUUUUUUUUUCUUCGUUCUCUUUUCUAUCAUCAGAAAUGAAAAGUAACUGAAACACAAAGAGGAGGAAGAGAACAAGAGGAAAGUACAAAACUUCCCCAAAAAAUAAGAAAAAAAAAAAAAGAACCCGAAGAAACGCCUUUGAUUCCUCUCUUGACAACAGUGUCUGUUAAUGACUUUUAAUCUCAAAGACCCAAUUUUUUUGAUCGGUUUUCAUUUCAUCGUCUCAGGUUUUUUGUUCAGAUGUUUUAUUUUGCAUUCUUAGAUGGUUGAGAUCCUGCUUCUUCAAAUUGCAUUUUGUUGAUUUUGUACUUUGAGGCUGAAGAAGCGACAUUUUGAUCUAUAAUUCCUGCUGUCUCAGCAUUUUAGUUUCCUUUUGACCUGCGGGUUUGCCUCAACGCAUUUGGUGCAAAAGCCUGAAUGUUCUUCACCAAAAGAUAUUGAACUCCUUCCUGUCUGUGAGCAGAAGCUAAGUGCUAAGGACCAGAUUGUAUGUGAGAUUACUGGCUGAGGCUUUCAUUUGCUAACAUACGUGAUACACCAAAUGCAACCAGUCAAGCCUAUAUGACCUGGGAAAGCUACAGAACUCAGGAGUUUCUGAACUUAUUUUAUUUCAACUAACAGUCUGAGUUUGUGUAUCCCUUUCACAUUUUGACCCGAGAAUUGCACAGCUUGAACGGGCCUCUUUUUUUGGAUUUUUGGAAUAUUUAGCAUCUCAGACAUAUUUCUAGGGGGAAGAUAUUGUCCCUGAUGCAAGGUCAGGGGGGUCCCAUUGAUUCCUUCCCUGAAACUGUUAACAUUGAUGAGGGAUCUAGUCCCAAUAAUGCUAGUAUUAGUCAACCGAACUCUUUGCAUAACAUGCUGAAUCCUGUGGAAACUCGGUUAUCCAAUCAUACAGUUUCUUCUGGUGGGACAAUGCAUGCAAAUGCUGUUACUCCUGAUGUUCAGAGUUUUAGUGGCUGGAGUUCGGGUGAACCGAGCUCUAGAUUGAGACUACAAAACCAGGUGAUGCAGGAUGUUCUAAAUCACCAUGGUAAUGAUGAUGGAACAAAAAUGGAGUGUGGCUGGUCUUCUUCUUUUGGUGUUUGUGCUGGGGCUGCUCCAAGGUCAGAAGAAAGGCGGGUUGAACCACCAAAUGUCUUUUUCCCUGGGAGACUGAAUGGACGGAGUGGCAAUCAGGUCAGAAGUGGGCCUAUAUAUUUGCAGGGUUCCAGCUCUAAUCAUAUCCCACAGGGUGUGAAUCUAAAUGAAGGAUUUAUUAGCAGCAGUGGUAAUGGAGGUUCAGUUGUGGGAACUGGUCUAGGUCCUAGUCUCUACAGCUCAGGUGGACUGGAAAGAGAGCAGACAUCUAAUGCCUGUGUUUCUUCUGAUAAUGUUGGUAGUUCAUCUGGAAGCUCUAAUUAUUUUGGGGAGGAAAGCAAUGAUGGCUCUGGCUCUUCCUUGGGCAGUUGGGGUUUAUCCUGCAAGAGGAAGGCCCUUGAAGGCACUUCUGGACAGUCUUAUUCUGCUGGUACUUCAAGCUGUUUUCAACAACUUGAGAAUGCUGCAUGGCAUAAUGGCCCUGCUCGUAAUGAUGCUUCUAGCAGCUUGAGUUUAUCUACGCCCUCUCGGAAUUUCCUCAAUGUUAGUCCUCCUGAUCAGCCAAAUCCAAGAGUUGGGCUUGGUAUGAGAGGAGUAGUUACUGAUGCUUUUCCUUCUUCAAGUGUAAGAAGAGCAAAUCUGGGAAACCAACAAGAAUCUUUACCAUUUAGUUUAUCAUCGACUGGGGUUGCAGGGCAUUCUAGUUUUGGCUCUCCUACUCAAUCUAGAUCUUCCCCAUUCAGUGACUCUUUAGACUUGAGACCAACAGCAGCAAUAGCUGGAAAUUCCUGUUCUCCCCCAACUCAACCUCAUAUGAGGACUAUUUCCUUUGUGCCAAGAAAUGUGCAUCCUUUUGCUUGGAAUAAUUCUGCCAAUUCUAGAACUGGCAAUCCAUCAAGUUCUAUUAAUUCUGGAGAGAGAGCUGCUGCACUACGGGAUGAACCCAACAUAAGACAUAUCCCAAGAAACAAUGCAGAGCAUCCUAUGUUUGUUCCAGCAACUGAGAUGAGAAAUGUGGCACAAGAUCCAGCAGGUUGGAGUUUGGCUUCUGGAAAUAUUAGCACUUCUGGUGGUGUUCCAUCCUCCAAUCGACCUGGUCCUAGUUCAAGCGUCCAUCCUUUGCCCACUCCUGCCUGGAUUCCUCCUCACAACCCUUCAAUACAUAAUCAACAAAGACUAUCAGAAUUUGCUCCUUGGUCUUUAUUUCCACCAAUUGAUUCUGAAUCUGGUGGUCAUAGUGGCCAUUUCCCACCAUUGUCUUCAGCCCCGUCUGCAUCCUCACAAGAGACAGUGGUGCCAUCUGGAUCUAAUAGCCAAGGUAAUAAUCAACCAUACCCAAGGUCAGCAUUCUUAUUGGAGAGACAAGGUGAUGAUGUUCUAGGGAUGCCGCAGUCAUUGCGGGCUUUGGCUGCUGAUAUUGAAGGGAGACACCGACUAAUAUCUGAGAUUCGUCAAGUCUUGAAUGCCAUGCGUAGGGGGGAGAACUUACGAAUUGAGGAUUAUAUGCUGUUUGAUCCGUUCAUAUAUCAUGGCAUGGCUGAAACUCAUGACAGACAUAGAGAUAUGCGCCUUGAUGUUGAUAACAUGUCUUAUGAGGAACUAUUGGCGUUAGAAGAACGAAUAGGAGAUGUGAGCACUGGGCUGAGCGAGGAAACCAUUCUGAAGUUGAUGAAACAGCAGAAAUAUUCAUCCACUACAACAGAAUCCCCACAAGAGUUGGAACCCUGCUGCAUCUGUCAGGAAGAAUAUGCAGAUGGGGAUGAUACUGGGACACUAGAUUGUGGUCAUGACUUCCACACUAACUGCAUCAAACAGUGGCUAAUGCUAAAGAACCUGUGUCCUAUUUGCAAGACAACAGCCUUGCUUAAAUGAGAGCCAAGUCUGUUGUUAGAGCAAGAAAUUUAAUUUUCUUCUCAUGGGUCAUUAGAUCCAAUAAUAGGAUGGAUUAUAUCUGAUUUAAACCGGCUUCUGUUAAUGUUAUAAAUUACGGGAUGAGUUUGUGGAAUAACUUGCAUAAAGCAUCAUGACAAUUAUAAAAUAUUUGAAAUAAUAUUUAUGACAUUAU